GUCGAUUCUUCUUCUGCAGCAAUUUUGUGCAAGCCUUGCAAUGGCAAAGGGUGGUUACUCUGUGAUUUCUGUAAAGGCCAGAAAACCAAUGUGAAAUCUGACUCUAAUAGGAUCUAUCGGCGAUGCCCAACUUGUAGAGCCAUUGGGUAUGUGCUGUGUUCAAAGUGUAAGGUGUUCAAAUGUGUCACAUUCCCAAAUUACGAUGAUGGUGAAGAGUUGUCUUUUUGAGCCUGAACAGCUUCGUAUUCACUUUUUCAGGUUCUCUUUUUACCCUACAUUGUAAUUUAUUUGAUGAAAUGGGAAAACCAUUUAUCCAUGUAAUUUCAGUGGCUCCUCAUCUUCCUAAUGAAAAGUUGAAUGCUUGAAUGCCUAUAUUUGUUGGUUGCAGAAUGUAUAUUAUAAAAGAUUCCAUCUUGGUGCCAAACUGAUAUGAAUAUUAAAAUGAUAUUUGUACACAUGACGUAUGUAGAGUCCAUCUUGGUACAAACUUAUAUGUGCAAGGGAUGAGUAUGGCAAAGUGAAGUGGGCUUGGCUUGUUCUUGGUCUUAGUUCUGUCAAUGAGUGUCUGAUUAUACAUCUCAUGUAGUUAACUUGUACUGCAGGAUGAUACUUGAAACAGAUCCAACUAUUAUCGCAGGAAAGGUGGCAACUCAUACCAUGGAUGCUGAUGCACCAUAAACUGAUAUGAUAUCAU